CCCGGCUUUGAUUUUGAUUGUUACUUUUUCAAUUGUUUGUUUUCUUCUCAGUGAUUGAUUUUAGGCCGUCUCCUUUCUCUUUUAUACCUAUAUACUGUUUUAUGAUUCUUGGAGGUCACUCCUAAAAAUCUGGUCGACUGAUGUUCUAGAACUUGAGGAUCCAACUGUGACAGACAUUGCCUGCGGUGCUCUCAACGGCUUAAAAAUGGGUGAUAAAACUUUAACUGUCCGGCGUGCUACUGCCAGCAACGGGCAGUCUAAAACAGAGCAAGAAAACAUCUUGGUACAGGCACAACAGCAUAUAGCCAUGCAGAAAAUGGCCGUGCAGGUUGUUGACUUGAAUCUUCUAGGAGCUGGAAUGGCAACUAUGGCGAGUGGUGAGACACCCACUAUAGUCCUAUGCUUGACUGAGUUAUUGACCGCCGACCUAAUAAUUUGUUCCCAAAGAAGCUGUCCUCCCAAAGUAGCUGUGUAAAUCGGAAGGGAAGGCGGAGCUGCUCUGUAGGCCACAAAGGAGCAAAUGGUGCUCACAAUAUUAACCCUACCUGCAGGAUCAAGCCGGAGGCCGACGAGGACAGGAGAAAUAAAAUGGACAGGAGAAAUGUGUUAAUUGGUCUUGGAGGAGCAGGUCUUGGUCUUGGUCUUGACACCAAUCCAUUGGCCUCUGGUGCACCAAUUCCCCCUCCGGACUUUAGCACGUGCGGCAAGACUACGGACGAAGUAACAGGACUUAAUUGUUGUCCGCCAACAAGUGAAGUCAAAACUCCCACUCGCUUCAAGCCAGUAGCGCCCCCAAAAAGCUCAGUCCGCACUCGGCUAGCAGCUCAGAAUGCUGUCAAGGAUCCUGACUACAUAAAGAAGUACAGAAGAGCCACUGAGCUCAUGAAGGGCCUUGACGUUGACGACCCGCGUAAUUUCUGGAACCAAGCUAAUGUUCAUUGCAGCUAUUGCGAUGGUGCGUUUAAUCAAAACUUAGCUGGGUACAAAUGUCUGGAGAUACAAGUUCAUAAUUCGUGGCUCUUCUUUCCCUUCCACCGCUGGUACCUCUUCUUCUACGAGAGAAUCCUCGGUAGCCUUAUUGACGACCCGACUUUUGCUCUGCCAUUUUGGAAUUGGGACAGUCCUGAUGGCAUGUACUUGCCUGAAUUGUUUGAGCUCGACAACGGCGCCUCCCCUCUGUACGACCACUACCGCAACACCAAGCACCGGCAGAAGGAUUUCUUGCUGGACCUCAACUACAGUGGUACAGACGUCCACCAAGACCCAAAAACGCUAAUAGAUAAUAACCUCAAAACCAUGAACCGGCAGAUGAAUACCAAGGACCGGUGCGUAUUCUUUGGGCAACCUUAUAGGGCUGGCGACUGUCCAAACCCCGGUGGAGGAAACAUUGAGCUUAUACCCCACAAUACGGUCCACAACUGGACCGGUGACCCCAAGUGGCUUGCGGAGGACAUGGGAAAGUUCUACUCUUCCGCUCGAGAUCCAAUCUUUUUUGCACACCACUCCAACGUGGACCGCAUGUGGCACCUGUGGCUCGAGAAAAUAGGAGGCAAGAAUUUGGAACAAGAUGACUGGCUUAACGCCGAGUUUUAUUUCUAUAACGAGAAGAAGGAACUGGUGAGUGUUACCGUCCAGGACUCGAUCGACAUUGGAAUACUCGGCUAUGCUUACGAAAAUGUUGACAUUCCGUGGCUCCAGACCAAGCCAACUGCACGUAAACCAGCGAAUAAGGCGAAACCUGAUGGUUUAGGACUCCAAGAUCAGUCCUCUGCAGCUAAAGGUGGAUUCUCUUUGGACUCCAAGAUCAGCAUUGCGGUGCCGAGACCAAAGCAGGGCGUGGAGAAGGCGGAACGAGAGGAGAUAUUGAUCUUGCGAGACAUUAAAUUUCCGAGCGACCAGGGUUUGAAGUUCGAUGUAUACGUGAAUGAUGAUGCCAACACGCCAAGUCAGCCCAGCCAGAGUGAGUUUGCGGGGAGCUUUGUGCAUGUCCCGCACAAGCACGGCAUGACUUUUAAGACCAACCUGUAUUUGGGAAUCACGACGUUGUUGAAGGACGUGGGAGCCGAUAAGGCCGCUAGUGUGGUGGUCACUUUGGUGCCAAGGUACCGGAAUGGGCCGGUCAGCAUUGGGGGCAUCAGCAUCGAGCAAUCUUCUUGUGACUGAUUUCCGUAAUGAUUCUUAACGACAGAAUCCUGGGAGUUAACUAUUAAAACCCACGCUAUAGUAUAUACGUAUGAAUAAACCAUGAUCUGUCGUCUCGGUCAAUGCAUGCAUCCCUGUUUAUCUAUGUAUCCUGCUGCUAUUCCAUCUCCCAUCUCUGCUGGCUUUAAUAAAUUCUCUAAACUUUUUAUUA